GAGGAGGAAGGAGGCGAGGAGAGGAGAGGAGAGGAGAGGAGAGGAGAGGAGAGAAUGAGGGGCUUUAAGGAGGCGAGGAGAGGAGAGGAGAGAGAGAAUGAGGGUCUUUAACGCUGUUGAGAACGUCGUAUACGUCAGAGCUUGACAUGACGACCGAGACCCCUCAGCAGCAGCUGGACCCUCCGCCUCCUCUGAGAUCCAGCCCGGCGUCCGGCGCCCUGCACCCGGCCAUGCUGAGCCCACAAGCCGCCACGGAAAGUUCGUCUAUUAAUAAAGGAAAGAAGACGACCUCCGGUUUGCGUCGACCGGAGAAGCCUCCGUACUCCUACAUCGCUCUCAUCGUCAUGGCUAUCCAGAGCUCUCCAACCAAACGCCUGACUCUCAGUGAGAUCUACCAGUUCCUCCAGGCUCGCUUCCCGUUCUUCAGAGGCUCGUAUCAGGGCUGGAAGAACUCGGUCCGGCACAAUCUGUCUCUGAACGAGUGCUUCAUCAAGCUGCCCAAGGGGCUGGGUCGACCAGGAAAGGGCCACUACUGGACCAUCGACCCGGGCAGCGAGUUCAUGUUCGAGGAGGGCUCGUUUCGCCGCAGACCCAGAGGCUUCAGGAGGAAGUGUCAGGCUCUGAAGCCCAUGUACCGGAUGAUGAACGGCAUCGGCUUCGGCACCUCCAUCCUCCCGCAGAGCUUCGACUUCCAGGCUCCGUCCGCCAGCCUCGCCUGUCACCACGGCAACGGCUACAACUUGGACAUGAUGAGCAACUCGAUGGCCGGUGGUUACGACGGGCUGAGCGGCGGCGGACACCACAUGUCUCCGAGCCCCGGGUCCACGUACAUGGCGAGCUGUCCGGUGCCGUCUACCGGGGAGUACGGAGCGGACAGCAGCAGCAGCCCGGUACCGUCCUCUCCGGCCAUGGCCAGCGCGCUGGACGGACACUCUCCGUACGCCAGCUCAUCCGCGCACUGGGCGUCCUCCGGCGGGUCGCCUUACAUCAAACAGCAGCCUCUCACCUCCAGCAGCACCGCGUCCUCCGGUUUACACUCCGGCAUGUCGCCUUACUCCCUGGAGCAGAGCUAUCUGCACCAGAACGGCAGGGACAGCCACAGCACCGACAUAUCAGUGGGGAUUCCUCGCUAUCAGAGCCACUCCUCGGUGUGCGACCGGAAAGACUUCGUGUUAAACUUUAACGGCAUCUCGUCCUUCCACCCCUCGGCUGGCGGAUCCUACUACCACCAUCACCACCACCACCACCCCCAGAGCGUCUGUCAGGACAUCAAACCCUGCGUCAUGUGAGCUCACACUGCAGCUCCAUCACAAGAGGACAUUUUAAUACAUUUUUACUUUUUUUUUUUACUUUUGUUUUGUUUUUGGAGGAUUCAUACAAGGAUGUAUACCGUGCCUCCAACAUGCAGCCAAAGUAGCUCUCUUGGUUGAGAAUAACUAUGCAUUGAAGGAAAUGAAUGAAGAAACCCCAGAGGCCUUUUAAAAAAGAAACCACUCUGCCAAUAAGAACCCUGACAAGCGUUUUUUCUUCUUCUUCAAAAGAAGCUUCAGAAACACGACUUUUAAUGUGUGUUUGCUCCUGUAACGCGUGCAAACGACUUAUAUUCUAUGUAACUAUCCUAUUAGAGUAACUACACACACGACGCUUUAACAUGAACUGCAACAAACAAACCUUGCACUUAUUGUAUAACCCUUUGCCAUUUUUUUUUGUCCUGUAAAAGGUUUCAAUAAAGCUGAUAUAUAUUUUAGGCUAUA